GGUUCGCCUGGUUUGUUGUUCCCUCCCCGUGAGCGCCGUUGCACCGCACCGUCCCAACCACGCGGUGUCAUCAUCAUCGGCCGGCGGUGGCAUGGUCGCCGCGCCCGGGAGAUGGUAACCACGAGGCCAACUGUCCAUUGCGGAAGUCAUCCAGUAGAAGGGAGUGAUGAGCUACGUGUAUAUAAGCAACCGAGGAGAAUGACCAUGCAUCAGUCUACAAUCACUUCCAUCAUAAGGAUCACCAUGUUCGCUAAGGUCUCGCUAAUGCUGCUCUCUGUCGCCGUGGCAUCGGCUAUGGCAUCCUUCCUACCCCAUGCACCUCCUCCCUAUGGGGCCCCGCCACAUCCCACCUACAUCCAGAAGGGUCGUCCUUACAAGUUCGAGUACGGUGUGGUCGACGACUACGUUGGGGCAAACUACGGACACGACGAAACCUCAGACGGCGAGCUGGUGCAGGGCUCCUACUACGUGGCUCUCCCUGACGGCCGCUUCCAAACAGUCAAGUACCAAGCCGACGACGCCGUAGGAUACGUAGCCGACGUGGAGUACAAGGGAGACGCCCAGCACCCUCCUCACUACGCCCCAUCCGUGACCUUCCGCCCCGCCGUCCCGCCCCCCUCCCCCGCCCAUGCCCCGCCACCGACCACCACCACUGCCCCCCCUCCGCCGCCCCCUACCACUAUCCCUUACGAAGCAGAGGAUUAA